UAUAAUAUUGCCUGUUGUAUAAAAAAGAUCUAGUGCAAAUUUUUUUUUUCAAAGUAUCGUGUGUGUUCAUCCACAAAGCAGUGUAUUUUACAAAUUUGUGAAUGUUCAUCUAUGGUUGACAUCACCCAGAGCGAGUGACACGUUUUACAGCAAACGAACCUAUUUGAGCUGCUGCUGACUUAAUGUGUUUGAAGCGACCGUAACCCCACCGCAGUUGUUCUCGACUUAACUGUGCAAAGCUUGACUUUAUUAGUCUUGUCUUCAAAACAUGUUUAUAAUGAACUCCUGGGCCUCUGGAUGGUAACGCUACUGGCAUAUAUACGAUUGUUUUGAAGAGACUUCUGUUUGCUCAGCACUGCUCGAAACAAUUCUCUUGUGUAUUUUCUCGAGAAGACCUUUUUUUGGCCGAAUGGAUAUUUCCGUCUGAUACCGCUGGGGUUCUUGGCUUCACAAAGGCGUUCUCUAUUCUUGGAUAGCAGCGACUGAGCUAACCACUUGGGCAAUAUGGAGGAAAACGUAAACCAAACGACAGAUAUAUGGGAGGAGGAGCAAGAGUGUUCGUCUGAAAACUUCAUGGCAUCUUUAAACGCAUCAUUAGUGGAGUUCGUCUGCAGUCAGAACACUUACGAUAAUCUGUAUUCUCCCAUGAACAUCUUCGUGUACAUCGUAGUUCUAAUAGGCGUGGUAGGCAACGUGGCGCUACUGGGAGUCAUCCUGAAAAACCGCCCCCUCAGAACGACCCCCAACAUUUUGGUGAUCAACGUCACCGUGGGGGAUUUGAUGUAUCUUCUUGUGGCGGUUCCAAGUCAUCUCGAAGGAGAAGUCAACGUGUGUUUCACUCAAGGCGAGGCUGCCUGCAAGCUGAUCAACGCCUGGAACAUAGUUGCACAGGGUGUGUGUAUUUACUCAAUCGUAGCGGUGAGCGCGGAGCGCUACGGGGCGAUCACGCAGCACCUCGGCCGGAGCCUGUUCCGAGGUUCUGCAAAGAAAACCCUGUUUAUCGUAUGUAUCAUAUGGCUGUUAUCCUUACUCCUGGCAAGUCCUGUGUAUUUCACAGCAAAAGUACACCACGGUUACCUGUGUACCUAUUUGUCACACGCCUCCCAGGUUUCUAAGGCCUACGUCAUGAUGCAACUAUGGUGUCAUUACAUUAUACCCUUAUUGAUCAUCACUGUUCUGUACUCGAGAAUGGCCCACACGCUUAUUCGAAGCGCAGACAGUUUCCGUGGCGAGAAUCAGCCUGGUGCCAAGCAGUUUAGAGCCCGUAGGCGCCUGGCUAUCAUAGUCCUCUUCAUAGCUGUAUUCUUCGGAGUCUUCUGGUUGCCAUACUAUGCGUACAAUGUGUAUUACCACUAUGUGUUCAGUGUGUGCUCUGAAGAUAUACCGGAUAUUGGCACCUGGAGGACCUUUCACUAUUUCAUGUCUCUCAUUAACUCGUGUUUUAACCCCUGGAUUGUGUUCAUCAUGAGUACCACACAUCAAAGGUUGCUUCGCCAUUGCAUCUUAUGCAAGAAGCCUUCCUUGGGACAUGGGAAACCCAACAAAACCACGAACACAAUGCGUUCAAACAGCUUCAUGAACAGUUCCAAGGGGAACUACACUGAAAUCACAUCUACCAUGUAAUAUCAGUACCCGACUAAAACAGAACUGGCACUUUGGGAACGCAAGGCGCCCAGCCAAGCAAACAUAACUAUUAUCGUGUGAUUACGCUCAUGUUGUUAUGAGGUAAAACUGCUACCACUUACUGUCCCCGAAUGUCUCAUAUUGACCCAGGUCACCUGACGUCAUCAACCAAGACUAGAUCCUUGCAUACCGUCGCUAAGGUCAAACGAUGGAAACAUGCUCGAGCGUUAAACGCGCCAUGCACAACCUUCCAACCAAUGGCAGGUCAAUCCUUAGGCUGAACUACUGACGUCAAACUUCGAGAAACGUCAAUAGGAGACUUUCCAACGCUAGGCAGCAGCAGACAUACCGGGUAAAUUUCCA